AUGCACGCGGCGGCGGCGCGCUACGUGUCGGUGAGCGAGCUGUACUCGACGGACGAGGUGGAGCUGCUGCUGGACGAGAUUCGCGACCUGGAGCCCACUAGCUGCCGCGGCGAAGACAUACAGGACUUCGAGAUCGCGGGCAGCGGGCUGGGCGGGCUGGCGGGCGCGGGCGCGGCGGGCUCGGGCGCGCGCUCGCCGGGCGCGGGCUCGGGCGCGGGCACGGAGCGCUCGUGGGACUCGCACGCGCACUACACCCGCGCGCCGCCGCCGCCGCCGCGCCCGCUCGCGCCCGUCUACUGCCGCUGCCGCCAUCUGCUCACCGCGCACGGCGCGGCCAUGCUCUUCAUUACGCUGUGUUCACUGGGUUGCGCGAGCUGCGUGUGGGCGGGCGCGGGGCUGCAGGUGUGGGCGCUGCCGGGCGCGGCGCGCGUGCGCCUGCUGCAGCUCGGGGCCGUCACCGGCGCGCUCGCGCACCUGGCGCUGCUGCUGCUGCGCGUCACCGGGCUCGACGCGCUGCUGCCGCUGCGCUGGGACAAGCUGGUGAGUGCCGGCUGCCGUGCGCGGCUGCAGCUCGGGGCCGUCACCGGCGCGCUCGCGCACCUGGCGCUGCUGCUGCUGCGCGUCACCGGGCUCGACGCGCUGCUGCCGCUGCGCUGGGACAAGCUGGUGAGUGCCGGCUGCCGUGCGCGGCUGCAGCUCGGGGCCGUCACCGGCGCGCUCGCGCACCUGGCGCUGCUGCUGCUGCGCGUCACCGGGCUCGACGCGCUGCUGCCGCUGCGCUGGGACAAGCUGGUGAGUGCCGGCUGCCGUGCGCGGCUGCAGCUCGGGGCCGUCACCGGCGCGCUCGCGCACCUGGCGCUGCUGCUGCUGCGCGUCACCGGGCUCGACGCGCUGCUGCCGCUGCGCUGGGACAAGCUGGUGAGUGCCGGCUGCCGUGCGCGGCUGCAGCUCGGGGCCGUCACCGGCGCGCUCGCGCACCUGGCGCUGCUGCUGCUGCGCGUCACCGGGCUCGACGCGCUGCUGCCGCUGCGCUGGGACAAGCUGGUGAGUGCCGGCUGCCGUGCGCGGCUGCAGCUCGGGGCCGUCACCGGCGCGCUCGCGCACCUGGCGCUGCUGCUGCUGCGCGUCACCGGGCUCGACGCGCUGCUGCCGCUGCGCUGGGACAAGCUGGUGAGUGCCGGCUGCCGUGCGCGGCUGCAGCUCGGGGCCGUCACCGGCGCGCUCGCGCACCUGGCGCUGCUGCUGCUGCGCGUCACCGGGCUUGACGCGCUGCUGCCGCUGCGCUGGGACAAGCUGGUGAGUGCCGGCUGCCGUGCGCGGCUGCAGCUCGGGGCCGUCACCGGCGUGCUCGCGCACCUGGCGCUGCUGCUGCUGCGCGUCACCGGGCUCGACGCGCUGCUGCCGCUGCGCUGGGACAAGCUGGUGAGUGCCGGCUGCCGUGCGCGGCUGCAGCUCGGGGCCGUCACCGGCGUGCUCGCGCACCUGGCGCUGCUGCUGCUGCGCGUCACCGGGCUCGACGCGCUGCUGCCGCUGCGCUGGGACAAGCUGGUGAGUGCCGGCUGCCGUGCGCGGCUGCAGCUCGGGGCCGUCACCGGCGCGCUCGCGCACCUGGCGCUGCUGCUGCUGCGCGUCACCGGGCUCGACGCGCUGCUGCCGCUGCGCUGGGACAAGCUGGUGAGUGCCGGCUGCCGUGCGCGGCUGCAGCUCGGGGCCGUCACCGGCGCGCUCGCGCACCUGGCGCUGCUGCUGCUGCGCGUCACCGGGCUCGACGCGCUGCUGCCGCUGCGCUGGGACAAGCUGGUGAGUGCCGGCUGCCGUGCGCGGCUGCAGCUCGGGGCCGUCACCGGCGCGCUCGCGCACCUGGCGCUGCUGCUGCUGCGCGUCACCGGGCUCGACGCGCUGCUGCCGCUGCGCUGGGACAAGCUGGUGAGUGCCGGCUGCCGUGCGCGGCUGCAGCUCGGGGCCGUCACCGGCGUGCUCGCGCACCUGGCGCUGCUGCUGCUGCGCGUCACCGGGCUCGACGCGCUGCUGCCGCUGCGCUGGGACAAGCUGGUGAGUGCCGGCUGCCGUGCGCGGCUGCAGCUCGGGGCCGUCACCGGCGCGCUCGCGCACCUGGCGCUGCUGCUGCUGCGCGUCACCGGGCUCGACGCGCUGCUGCCGCUGCGCUGGGACAAGCUGGUGAGUGCCGGCUGCCGUGCGCGGCUGCAGCUCGGGGCCGUCACCGGCGCGCUCGCGCACCUGGCGCUGCUGCUGCUGCGCGUCACCGGGCUCGACGCGCUGCUGCCGCUGCGCUGGGACAAGCUGGUGAGUGCCGGCUGCCGUGCGCGGCUGCAGCUCGGGGCCGUCACCGGCGUGCUCGCGCACCUGGCGCUGCUGCUGCUGCGCGUCACCGGGCUCGACGCGCUGCUGCCGCUGCGCUGGGACAAGCUGGUGAGUGCCGGCUGCCGUGCGCGGCUGCAGCUCGGGGCCGUCACCGGCGCGCUCGCGCACCUGGCGCUGCUGCUGCUGCGCGUCACCGGGCUCGACGCGCUGCUGCCGCUGCGCUGGGACAAGCUGGUGAGUGCCGGCUGCCGUGCGCGGCUGCAGCUCGGGGCCGUCACCGGCGCGCUCGCGCACCUGGCGCUGCUGCUGCUGCGCGUCACCGGGCUCGACGCGCUGCUGCCGCUGCGCUGGGACAAGCUGGGCAUGGCGGUGCACGCGUGGAGCGGCAGCGCGCUGCUGGCGGGCGGCGCGGGCUCGCUGCACGCGCUGUUCCUGCCCGAGUACCGGCUCGCGCCCACCUCGCUGAUGGCGCUCCUGUUCACUGCCUCGGGGUUGGGGUUGAGCGCGGCGUGCGUGUGCCUGACGCUGGUGGGGCUGCGCGUGCGCGCGUGCGUGGCGGCGGCGCGGCCGCCCAGCCUGGCGGCGGGCGCGGCGCACGCGCGCGGCUCCACGCGCUCCUCCGCCUCCGGGCGCGCCGCCUACCGCGCCGUGCCCGCCGCGCCGCCCGCGCACGCGCACGCGCACGCGCACGCGCACGCGCACGCGCCCGUGCCCUCCACGAGCCGCCAGCACCCCUUAUAGUGAAGGCCGGCCGUCCCGUAGUGUAGGAGCACGAGCCCGGGCCCGCCCCGCCCUAGGUUAAGGAAAAAUGUACUAACAUUGUUAUAGGAAAUAAUUUUAUACUGUCCGCCCUCCCGUGGCCGCCGCCGCGCCGCGCGACAUAUCACCGGCCCGCUCCGGUUCUACGAUCUCAUAAACAGACUAUGUGCGAGUGAUUUUUACUUUUCAAUUUUAAUUAUAAUAUAUGGUUUUUAUACA